UUCGACGGAAAUCGAAUGAUUCAAAGUUCACUUACAACUAAGGACCCACCUGACACAAAGACCACACUAUUUCAAGGUGCCACGGGUGUAUGUAGUGGGUAUAUAAGCGUGUAUAGGAGUGGCAGGACUACCCAUCGGCCGGAUGAGCACAAGAUUAAACGGCGCAGACGUUUGUCGGACACCGAACCGUUGACACUUUCAAAUUCGCUCUUCCAUUCUUACGAGGACAGCUUCUUUCAAGGUGACAGGAAGAACCUGAAACCAACCAAAAUGGGAGCCAUUCACUUACGGGUCGUUUUGGCUCUGUUGCUCGUCGCCGUGCUGGGUCAAGCCAGGUCAUUUCCAGGAAGAGCUCUUGCGCGACAAGAGAGGGCGGUCCCGGUGAGGGUGCCUGCAAUUGAUGCAAUUGAUGGCGAUUACGAUUAUGAGAAGAGUUACAGAGACGACCCCAAUUACUACCCAGAUGAUGACGACGAUGAAUACGAUGAUUACCUGGAAUACUAUGACUCUGCUGAAGACGAGACCCAUGAAUCAGCAGAAAACGAUAAAGAUGAUGAUGAAGAAGAAGAAGACGACGCAAGUAGUAAGGAGAAAAGGCAGUACAAAGGAGGAGCCAUUCAACAGAACGGCCACGUCAAGUAUGAUGUGGACGGAGCCGGCUCCGAUCAGUGGAUACCAGUGAUCAAUGAACUGGACGACGAAAUAAGCUCGGGGGUGGAGCCCCUCCCGCCCAUACAAGCUCCGGAUGUCUCCAAGGGCGUGGAAGCAGUCGACCACGAGGACGAUGACCAUUCCCUCAGCAACUGGGUGGGGGGAAGAUGGGGCGAUUUCGUCAACGCAGUUGGAACAGUGGGCGACCACGUUGAAGACACUUUCGAGGCGAUAGGACAUAGAAUCCACGGAGCUGCUCACUCGGCGGGUUCAUCCAUCGUCGAUGCCUACAAUUCCUUGAAGAACAGGUUUUCCGAACUGAGAGAGAAGAUUCACCAACUCUUCAGCGGCUUCGGCCUCAUGGUCCAGAGAGGAGCAGACUAUUGCAUUCAACACCUCCAGCACACUGCCAAUCAGGUGCGUGAGGCUCAACUCCUGGACAAACUUCAGGAGAAGCUGAAAGAGGGAAACGAACAGGUGACUGCCUUCUUCACGAUACUGGGAGAGAAGGUCACCUCCUGGGCACAGUCCCAAGGUCAUCAAGACGUAGACGAAGGCCUCAUCCUUGUGGACAGCCAUCUCGGCCAGGGGGGUAGUACCCACGGGGACCACACUGAGGAUGAAGAUGGAAACCGAGAACAAAUGUUCCCAAAUCUGUACCGGGACCAGGAAGUCUUGGAACAGAUGAACAAGAUGGUGAGCCAGGGCGUCAUCACCCAACAGGAACUCGACCUGCUGUACCAGACUGAGCAGGUCGUCAAGCCCCAGCAGCCAAACCCGGACAUUCGGGCCGAGAGCCACACCGGAAGGAGGAACCUCCGAUCUCGCAUCGUUGUACUCUGAGGGAGUUGACAACCACAGGAGCUGGAGUAGGGAGGCCACGGGGUUUGGUGGGACGGGAGGCGGGGAGUUCCCCCUACCUGAAUGUGCCAUAUGGGACAUAGCCACUUUUUCACGUUAAAUCCUUAUAGAUAAUAGCUUUCCUUUUUUUUUCCUCAUUGGGGACAGGGUAAUCAAUGCUUCCUAUUUCAGACAGAAUAUUGUCUUAAUUCAUAACAUUGUAUGAUUUUUUCCUCUAAAAUGCCGGAAAGUAUAAAUGCAUAGAGAACAUUUGUUUAUAAUCUCGCUAAGAAUUAAAGUAUGAAAGUAUUCUUGUACUAGAUGACGAAAAUGAAAAAAGGAGUAUA